CGUGACCGAGCUUUUGAACGGACUGUUUAAGAUAAAUAUUAAGAAGCGGUUCUACAAUGAGUGCCAUUUUAAAUGCUUUUAUUUUAUUAACGCAAGUCACGGUUAUAUUUUCAGCGUUACUACCAAUCCAGAAAUGCCAGUUGUCUGAUCCAGAAUGUUUGAAGAAGUCUGCCCAGCUUGUCGUAGGACAAUUUACAGCUGGAAUCCCAGAGGUUGGCACCGAAGUUCUGGAACCAGUUCACAUUGACAUUAUCAAGAUCGACUUGUCUGGUCUGAAGCUAACAGUCAGAGAUGCGGACAUAAAAGGACUUAAGAACUCAGUGAUUGACAAACUUAAAGUGGACACAGCGAAGAAAGUUAUCGAAUUGACUUAUCAUGUAGCUCCCAUUACGUUAAAGGGCAAGUACAAGGCAGGUGGCAUGUUGCUCAUCCUACCCAUCAGUGGAGAUGGAGAUGUUACUAUCAAAAUCAAAAAUCUCGGCGUCACUCUAACCAUGCCAUACGACAUUGUUAAAAAUGAGCAAGGCAAAGACGUCAUCGAGUUGAAGAGUUACAAAUAUACUUAUGAGAACAAUGAAAACACUCACUUUAAACUAACCAACUUGUUCAAUGGAAACAAACAAUUGAGCGACGCUAUGCUGACAUUCAUGAAUGAAAACUGGAAAGCGAUUUCUCAAGAAUUUGGCAACCCUAUGCUGGACAAACCAGUGCAAAAGAUUUACAACGCCAUCAAAACUUACCUGAGAUCACAACCCUUAGAAGAAAUUGCCGUUGUUUAAAUUGUUGCCAAAAAUUAAUUUAUUGUUUUCUUUGACAUUAUGUGGUUAAGG